GAGCAAGACCGGCGCCAUGGAUUCUAAGGUCUACAAGUCAAACCCGAAUCCAAAGGCUUCGGCGAAUCCCAUUUCCAAGCUCUUCGUUUGGUGGAUGCGGAAAAUUGUAUGGAAACGAAACCUGACGGAAGACGAUCUGUUCGACAGACUGGACAGGGAUGCCACAGAUAAACUGGGAGACAGGUUGCAAAAGUCGUGGGACGAGGAACUCAUCCGUGCUAAGGAGAAGGGCACAAAACCCAGUUUAGCGAGAGCGAUUUUUCGAACCUUCUGGUUACGUUAUUUCAUUUACGGCGUAUUUGAUCUGUUUGACCAGUUAAUCCUGAGAGUGGCUCAGCCUCUACUUCUGGGAUACACUAUUCAGUACUUCAGUCCAGGCAGCACUAUUACGGAAGAUCAAGCCUACAUCUACGCAAGCCUCAUGGUGAUCAUCAACUUCCUGAAGCUGUUCUGCCACCACCACUACACCAUGCUGACCACAUAUGUCGGCAUGAGGGUCAGGGUGGCCUGUUGCGCUCUUCUGUAUCGAAAGGUACUCCGCAUCAACAAGCAGUCCAUGGACGUGACAGCGACGGGGCAGGUGAUCAACCUCAUGUCCAACGACGUGGCCCGCUUCGACGUCGCUUCGUUGAGCGCCAACUGGCUGUGGAUCUCAUUUCUGCAGCUGGCGAUUGUCACGUACUUCUUGUACAGCUCCGUGUCCUGGGCGGCCUUCGCUGGUGUCAUUUAUAUCAUCAUCAUGACGGUUCCACCACAGACGUACAUGGGUCGACUCUCGGCACGUUUCCGGAAGCGUGUCGCCGUCAGGACCGACGAGAGGAUGAGGAUGAUGAACGAGCUGGUGCAGGGGAUACAGGUGGUCAAGAUGUACGCCUGGGAGAGGCCCUUCGCCAAGCUCGUCGCACUGGCCAGGAAAUCCGAAAUCCACAAGCUGCUGCACGCAGCCUACCUGCGGAGUUUCCUGCUGGCGUCUGCCGUCUUCAUUGAGAGGUCUUCGCUGCUGGUCACACUCGUCGCCUUCUUCCUAAUGGGUCACAUCGCCGGUCCUGACCAGAUAUUCUCGAUGGCUCAGUACUACAACGUCCUUAACGUAGCGCUGGCCAUCAUGUUCCCCAUGGGCAUAGCAGCUAUACAAGAAGCUCGAGUCUCAGUCCAACGUAUACAGGAGUUCCUUGUGAAGCCGGAGGCGACUGUAGAGGACAGGAGCGGAGGAGCCGCUAAAGGAGAGGUAUCUUUGCAGCACGUGUCAGCCACGUGGGACGGAGCCAACCCAUCCCUUUCGUCCAUAAACCUCAACGUCUUACCCGGCACGCUAUGUGCUGUUGUAGGACCUGUUGGGUGUGGAAAGAGCUCGCUGCUGUACCUGCUUAUUAACGAGCUGUCACCAACAUCCGGAAAGCUCAAGAUUGGAGGGAGGGUAUCAUAUGCGAGCCAGGAGCCGUGGAUAUUCGUAGGCACUGUGAGGCAGAACAUCCUGUUCGGACAGCCGUACGACAAGAAGAAGUACCAGAAGGUGGUGGAGGUGUGCGCCCUGUCCAAGGACUUUGAGCUGCUGCCGUACGGGGACAAGACGCUGGUGGGAGAGAAGGGCAUCACACUCAGCGGCGGGCAGAGGGCCAGGGUGAACCUCGCCAGGGCUGUUUAUCGGGAGGCAGACAUUUACCUGCUAGAUGACCCCUUGUCUGCUGUUGACACACAUGUCGGCAAACAUCUCUUUGACGAAUGUAUUAACUCUUAUUUAAGUGGAAAGACGAGAAUUUUGGUCACGCACCAGUUGCAAUACCUCCAGGGAGCAGACAAUAUUGUGAUACUGAAUAAGGGAAUCAUCGAGCAUCAAGGAAAUUUUGAAGAGAUUCUCCAGAGUGGCGUCAGCUUUUCAAAAUUGAUGUCAAGCACGGAAGAGGAAGUAGAGACGGAGGAGUUGAGUAGUAAUCUACGGAGAAGCACCAGAAAGUCUAUGCAGGACGAACAAAGCAAAUUAAGACGUUCAAAACGUAUCGGAUCUCAAAGAGCCAACGUAAAUAUGCUCGACAGGCAGAUAUCCACGUUGUCGGAAGUGAGUGUUUUGCUGGACGAAACCGGUAAACUACACAGAGAUCCAACAGAGCAGGACAACAGUGAAAAAAUGAUGCAUGAGAACUUCAGGUGGCAAACCGUGUGGCAGUAUUUCCGGGCAGCUGGUGGCCUCUUCCUGUUGUUUUCUGUGGCUAUCAUGAUAGUCGUCGCACAAAUUAUCACCAGCGGUUCGGACUAUGUGGUAACGUUUUGGUCUAACACGGAGGUGCUGAGGACGUCUCUCCAGAUGCAACUGGAGGCGGCCGGUGGCAGCAACCAGACGUUGUCAGAGGAACUGGAGUCUCUUCCGCCCAGCGAGUUCUUCCUGGAACUGUACGGAGGUCUCGUGGUGGGCUGCAUUCUGCUCACACAGAUCCGAUCCAUCGCCUUCUUCAAAAUGUGCAUGCGGGCGUCGCGAAACAUGCAUAACACCAUGUUCAACUGCAUCCUCCGGGCGCCUAUGCGCUUCUUCGACACAAACCCAUCUGGACGAAUUCUCAACAGGUUCUCUAAGGAUAUGGGAUCCACCGAUGAACUCCUGCCGCAGUUUUUGAUCAUGAUGAUUCAGAUUUACCUGGUGCUAUGCGGGAUUCUAGCUAUGGUCCUCGUCGUGAACUACGUUCUCAUUGUUCCCAUGGUAAUCGUCGGAGCGUUAUUCAUUUAUGUGGCAAGACUCUUCAUGACUACUGGAAGAAAUGUUAAGAGACUGGAGGGUGUCCGGAGGAGCCCCGUAUUCUCUCACCUCUCCGACACACUCAAUGGGUUGGCCACAAUUAGAGCAUCAGGGAUUCAGGACAUCGUUAGAAAGGAAUUCGACUCCCACCAGGAUCGUCAUACCUCUGCAUGGUUCCUCUAUGUAACAAACGGAUCAGCGCUUGGAAUAUGGCUAGACUUCCUCAGCAGCAUUUUCGUUACUAUCGUCACCUACAGUUUCCUCGUUCUUUCUGCAGGUUCAUUCGGUGGUUCCGGUGUGGGUCUGGCAAUUUCGCAGUCACUCAUUCUGACUGGUAUGCUUCAGUAUGGGAUUAUGCAAAUGACUGAAGUGGUCAGCCAGAUGACGUCAGUGGAGAGAGUCCUUGAGUACACCAAGAUUCCUUCUGAACCUGCUCUGGAGUCCGCACCAGAUAAGAAACCACCAGGUUCAUGGCCACAACGAGGACAGGUCGUCUUCCAGAAGAUGUAUCUGAAGUACAGCCCAACAGAUCCUCCAGUUCUCAAGAACCUCAAUUUCACAAUUCAUCCUACCCAUAAGGUUGGUAUCGUCGGCCGAACAGGAGCAGGGAAGUCGUCCCUUAUCUCUGCUCUCUUCCGAUUGGCCCCUAUAGAGGGAGCCAUUCUGAUUGACGAUGUGGACACCAGCACUCUGGGACUUCACGACUUGCGGAAACACAUCUCCAUUAUACCACAGGAACCUGUGCUCUUCUCGGAGACUCUGCGCUUCAACCUUGACCCGUUUUCAGAGUUUGAAGAUGCAAAACUUUGGGAUGUACUUGAGGAGGUGGAGCUCAAGUCGAGCAUACAGACACUGGACUUCCGGGUGACGGAAGGCGGCAGUAAUUUCAGCGUGGGCCAGAGGCAGCUGGUGUGUCUGGCGAGGGCCAUUCUCAGGAACAACAGGAUCCUGGUGCUCGAUGAAGCCACCGCAAACGUCGACCCAGAGACCGACGCGCUUAUCCAGGCUACUAUCCGCAGGAAGUUUAAAGACUGUACAGUGCUGACCAUAGCCCACAGACUUAACACCAUUAUGGAUUCUGAUAAGGUCCUCGUGAUGGAUGCAGGAACUAUGGUGGAAUACGACCAUCCACAUAUACUGCUGAGAAAUCCAUCUGGCUUCCUGUCCAGACUUGUGGAAGAAACGGGCACUGCGAUGGCAGAACAGCUAAGAGGUGUUGCAAAGCAGAGCUACGACGAAUUACAUGGUCUACAGGAAGACUUGGCAGAAGAACAAAUUACAAUGCUGUGAAUCCUCGUUCAUCACUUCCCUCUCUAGACCGACGUCUGUCUUAGAGAUUUCGCAUCAGCACUGAAUCUCAGAAAGCGUAUCUGAGCAUCUAUUGAGGAAGUGAAAACUACCAGUGAUCUCAGUGACUGACGGAGAGCUGUAUUUAUUUCAUGUGAAGUGUAUUAUAGAGGACAUAUUGCUCGUUACUACAGUGUCCCAGCACAGCAGAGUGAAGACUUGGCGGAGAAGCUGGUAAUUAGAUGCCCUCUACCGGUUCCAAAGAGUGGUAUCAAGUGAUCUUCCUGG